AUGGGGAUGGAAACUGAUUCUGAUGCUAUUUACUUUUGCUUUUCUCUCCUUUACUCGUCUUUCCUCAGUUUUCUCCUCAUUGGCUUUAAUUCCUUUCUUUCUUUCUUUCUUUCUUUCUUUCUUUCUUUCUUUCUUUCUUUCUGUGAUCUUGUUUGCCACACUGUAAUAUUUGUCAUUUUAUUCUCUAUCAGUGCUGCUCAGAGUCAGCCAACGCAGGAGUCCAAGCUGGAGGCCCUUCAGAGCCACUUCACCUGGGAUCUGAACUCCAGCAGGUCCAAACUAUUUAAGCUCAGAGAUGUACUAAAGGACAUUGGCACCAAUGAAGGAAACAGCUGGCUGGGUCACAUUUACAACCUGCAGGGGUUCAUCCACUAUCAGCUGGGCUUCAUUGACGAGGCCAAGAGCUUCUUCAGCAGGGCCACUGAGGCCUUCCACCAGAUGAUGAACACAGACUCAGAUGGUCCCUGGUUGGUGGUAAACUACGGGAACCUGGCUUGGAUGCAUCACCACCUGGGAGAACAAGCAGAGAGUGAGCGUUACCUGUCAAAGGUCCACGCCCUGAUGAAGGAGUACCCAUCUCCAUCUGAGGACGAGCUGCAUCCAGAGAUCUACGCUGAAAAGGCCUGGACCUUGAUGACGUUCUGUGAAGACAAAAAGCAGCUGGCUGCAGAUUACUUCCAGAGAGCCAUCAGGAUGCAGCCAGACAGGGUGGAGUGGCAGACCAGCCGAGUGUUAGCAUUAGUAAGUGUCUGUAAACACCCUAGAAAUGAGUCGGGGGUUGACAUCUUGGAAGAAAUGAAAAAAGCCAAAGAACGUGAUCCAGAGAACUUGUACCUUGUUGCUCUUUACCUUGAGGCAUGUGCUGAGAGAGGAACAAACGUUAAAGAACAAGCGCAUGAGUUGGCCGAAAGGAUUUUAAGUAGACCAGUUAGCAGCUACAACGGGUUCACACCAUUACUGAGGCUGUACAGAUGCAUUUCUAUGGAUGAAGCUAUUAAUUUUGUAGAGGAGGCUCUGAAGAGACAUCCAGAUGAGCGUUACUUCAAGAGAUGUGCUGCAGUCUGCUACAGAGAGAAGAUCUUAUCUCCAGAGAAGUUUCUUCUGAAACUCAGCAUGAUCAACAGAGCCAUUAGUCUCUGUGAGGAUGUCAUUUCUCUCUAUCCUGAUUCUUCACUCAAAAUGGUAAUAACUCUUGCAAACUUAUAUGCAAAAGCCAAACGCCAAGAUGAAGGGGACCAGAAAUUCAAAGAUCUGCUAAAAAGGGACCUGGAAGACAAAGAGAAACAGAUGAUUUACAACGGCUAUGCAAAGUUUUCAUAUUUCAGCCUAAAGAAGGAACAAGAGUCGAUAAAAUACCACAUGAUGGCAGCAGAGAUACCACAAGAAUCCUCCUUCAGGAAGGACAGCAUCAGGAACCUGGAGAAGAUCAGAGACAGAAACCGUAACCGAAGAGAAAUAGAGGAGUGUCUGGCCAACCUGCAGCACUGAGAGCUGAUGAUAAAGAUGGAACAACACUGGGGAUAAAUCAAGAAGAUGUUGAUUUUCACAGCCUGAGGAAUAAGUUUAAUGUGAUCAUUUUAUUAAAGUGUUGAAGUUGAUUAAAAUGUAACUUUUAGGGGAAAUGAUGUAAAUGAUGUUAAACACUUAAAUUCUCUCCUGAACAAUGAUCCUGUUAUCAAAGCCUGAUGCAGUUUAAAACUUAUUUACUGAUUAUAUGUUAA